GUUCGAAUAAAAAUAUUAGAAUGUUUAUGUGUUCAACAUCGUCUGCUAUAGAUGUGUUUCUGUCUUUUAUAACAAUUCCUUGGGUGAUCUCUCCAGAUUCAUACCGUUCAUACUGUCUCUUACCUCACAAUGGGUUUACUGAGUAAUCCAUCAGAUAAGCAACUUUCUCCAUUAGUGCUAAAAUUUAUUGGAAAGCAAAAGAUGCUAUCCUUCUUACUUUAUGUAGGAAGUAUAGUUUGGCUUGUGUGUCUUGCCUAUCGUCAGUUUAAUGCUGGAACUUACUUCUCGGAAAAUGCUUUAUUACCUGGCCUUGUACAUUCAAAUUUCAAAGAAGAUUUUCUUGCCCGUCAGUAUUUAGCUGCUUUGAAAGCUGAAGCUGAAAGAUAUCCUAAUGGUAUGCCUCAUGCAUUCAUUGCUGCCCAGUUCAAACAGCUGGGGUUAGAUACUUACACCCACAACUUUUCUGUUAAAUAUCCAUUAGAUCAAAAUGAGAUCUAUUCAGGAAAAAAUGUUUAUGGCAUUUUAAGAGCUUCAAGAGGAGCCAGUACAGAAUGUCUUGUCAUGUCAGUUCCAUACCGACCUCCGGACUCGGUGUUGGCUGGAACUAAUGCUGGAAUUGCCAUUAUGCUUUCCCUAGCGGCUUCGUUCCGAACUGCAUCGUACUGGGCACGAGAUAUAAUAUUUCUUGUUACAGAACAUGAGCAACUUGGAGUAGAAGCAUGGCUAGAAGCGUACCAUUAUACUUCGUCCAGCUCUAAUGCCAUCCAUUUCGGACAGCUUGAUGCCCGUGCUGGCGCCAUACAAGCCGCAAUUAAUCUGGAGCUGCCGUAUGAAAAAAUAUCUCAUAUUGAUGUACGAAUAGAAGGCCUUAAUGGGCAAUUGCCGAAUUUAGAUCUCGUGAACCUUGUACAUAGAUUGUUCCAACAAGAAAGAUUUACAACUACGUUAAAAGAGAGAGAGGACUAUCCGGAUCCUUUUAGUAUGGAAGGUUGGAUAUAUUCUGCUUCGUCGUUAUUGUCACUAAUGGUCUCUCAAGCCACUGGAGUACCCACAGGAAACCACGGACUCUUUCACAGGUUUGGAAUUGAAGCAUUAACAGUGGCAGGUUCAUACAAAAGAGGAUGGCAUGGAUCAAAUUUUCUUUUAAUGGGAAGAGCAAUUGAAGGUAUUAUGAGGAGUCUGAACAACCUACAAGAGCGAUUUCACCAAUCAUUCUUCUUCUAUUUAUUACCUGCUACGAACCGCUACAUUUCUAUUGGUGUAUACAUGCCGCCGUUUGGUCUUAUGAUUGGUGCAAUGUUACUGCAAGCUGUUGCACUUUAUAUUUCUCGAAAGGAAAAAUCAAACGAAAAAGAAAGUUGGAACUUCCUCAAUCUAGGAUCAUUUCUUUUAUACAGCACAAUCUGUGGCCUUAUUUUUCACUCUGCCCCUGAGAAGCUUACCAAAUUUAAUCGGUAUAUGGCAUUAGGGCUUAGUACUGAAGACGUUGUUUUUGGAGGAUUUUGUAUGCUCAGCAUACUUCAUUGCAUGCUAAUUUCAACCUUUGGUGCUAGGACACUGUCUACGCAACGGUUGUCGGCUAAAUGUGUGCAGUGCGCUAUUCUUUUACUGACAUCCACCUUGAUGUAUGCGGUUGCAAUGGGUAAUGUUUCCCUUGGCGUUCUCACCUGCUUAGUAAUCAGUCCAGUGUUUUCUAUCGCAAAGGCAGUUUCCCAAAGGUUCUUUCAGUAUUGCCGCCGUCUUCUACUAAUUUUAGUACACCCACUUUGUUUGCUAUUUAUCGCAACGUUUAUCGACACAUGCAGAGUGUUUCCGGAAGAAAUUAAUCAACCACUUAAAUUUUUGGGGAAAACGCAUAGUGCUGCUCAGCGUGCUCUGAUUUACGCAGUAAUUGAUGGAACGUUUUACGGAAACUGGCUCUUUUUUGCAGGAACGACUCUUUACUUGCCGCUGUGGUCCCUGGCAUGGGCGAACUUGAGUAAUUCGUCAAAUUAAAUUAAAAUAAGUUUCUGAAUAUCCCUUUACGUUUUUGUACUAGCUAUUGCCAAUUACAUGGGUUCCUCUUUUUGGAAUAUACAUUGUGAACUUAAAAAAAAAUACCGUAGCAGAUUCAUUGAAACCUCAAUCUACAAAAUCUAACAUAAAACGUUUUCUGUAAAUUCGGAUGGUAGGGUAGUACCCUAUUAAUUAUCUACAGAGUCAUACUCAUAGAUUUGAAAUUAAAUCUAAAUCUAUGGGCGCAUGCUUUCUACUUUGGUUGCGGAAACUUAUUAUGCCUUAUGCCUUCACCUUAGAAACAGAUUUGCGUCUGCUUCUCCUUCGCCCACAAUCAUUUACCAAAGUGGUUCAAGCCUUCACAAUUUGUUUACUAAACUAUUGCAACAGGCACACUCAGCCACCCUUUUAUGCUUUCAUUUUCUGUAGGAAUUAAUAUGAAAGUGAAUGAAAAGAACCUGAUUGCUAUCGCUAAUGCACCAAAUUUGGUUGUCGAUAAGGAAGGCUGGCUCAGCAAAAAAGGGGAAAAUAGUAAGGGUUUCCAAAAACGUUGGUUUGUUCUAAAAGGAAAUCUUCUAUAUUAUUUUGAAAA